GCUCUUCUGUUCUUCUCUUUGAUUGGUCAGCUCAUGGUCUCGCUCAUUUGGCAUCAAAAUAGUUCGAGGCUGCUUGUCGCUGGGAAAGAAGAACCACGACCAUUAAUUCUACUGCAACGAUGACUGAAGAACGAUCGGAACGAUCUGAUGGGCGGAUUGUGAAAAUGGAGAUCGACUACAGUUCUACUGUAGACCAGCGUCUCCCGGAAUGUGAAAAGAUGGCUAAAGAUGGUAAGCUGCAAGAGGCCAUUGAGAGCUUGCUGUCUUUGGAGAAGCAAACCAGAACAGCAUCCGACAUGGUCUCCACAUCCAGGAUCCUUGUGGCUGUAGUCCAGUUGUGCUAUGAAGCCAAAGACUGGGAUGCGCUAAAUGAAAACAUCAUGCUGCUCUCCAAGAGGAGGAGUCAGCUCAAACAGGCUGUUGCCAAAAUGGUGCAGGAAUGUUACAAGUAUGUGGACUCAAUGAGCGACCUGACCAUCAAGCUGAGGCUCAUCGACACACUUCGCACUGUGACUGCUGGCAAGAUCUAUGUGGAGAUUGAACGUGCCAGACUAACAAAGACUCUGGCAAACAUCAAGGAGCAGAGUGGAGACGUCAAAGAGGCUGCUGCAAUUCUUCAGGAGCUGCAGGUUGAAACGUACGGCUCGAUGGAGAAAAAGGAGAAAGUGGAAUUCAUCUUGGAACAGAUGAGGCUCUGCAUUGCUGUCAAGGAUUACAUCCGCACCCAGAUCAUCAGCAAGAAGAUUAACACCAAGUUCUUUCAGGAGGAGGGCACGGAGGAGCUGAAGUUGAAGUACUACAACCUGAUGAUUCAAGUGGAUCAGCAUGAAGGCUCCUAUCUGUCCAUAUGCAAACACUACAGGGCCAUUUACGACACCCCCUGCAUCCUGGAGAAGAGCAGCGAAUGGCAACAGGCCCUGAAGAGCGUGGUUCUGUAUGUGAUCCUGUCUCCUUAUGACAACGAGCAGUCCGACCUCGUACACAGAAUCAGCGCUGACAAGAAGUUGGAGGAAAUCCCUAAAUAUAAGGAUCUUCUUAAGCAGUUCACCACCAUGGAGUUGAUGCGCUGGGCCUCGUUGGUGGAGGACUAUGGGAAGGAGCUGAGAGAAGGCUCAUCUGACAGCCCUGCCACAGACGUCUUUUCUUAUUCAGAGGAGGGCGAGAAGAGGUGGAAAGACCUGAAGAACAGAGUGGUGGAGCAUAACAUCAGAAUAAUGGCCAAGUAUUACACAAGAAUCACAAUGAAGAGGAUGGCCAAUCUUCUCGACCUUUCCAUUGAUGAAUCCGAGGAGUUCCUGUCCAGCCUGGUGGUCAACAAAACCAUCUAUGCCAAGGUGGAUCGACUCGCCGGCAUCAUCAACUUUCAGAGACCCAAAGACCCCAACGACCUGCUCAAUGAUUGGUCACACAAACUCAACUCUCUCAUGUCUUUGGUUAACAAAACCACACACCUCAUUGCCAAGGAAGAGAUGAUCCAUAACUUGCAGUGAUGCAACAACGCCCUGUGUUUUGUAUUUUUUUCGAUUCUGUUGGGCAUCCGUGCAGCUUAACUGCAGUGUAAAAAGAAUCAACAAUACAGAACCUUUCAAUAGUAUUUUUUUUUUACUAUCUAGGAACACAAACAUGAAUCUUUCUGCAUUUUUUUUGUCUUUCUUGUAACUUUAUGACCAUUUGAUGGAAUAUACACCCUCGUUUUUUCUUCACUAACUUUAUGAGGUUCAGCCUGUUGUUUUCAUUGUGUACUGUACUUAGCAAUGUAAACAAUAAACUUGUUUGGUGAACUGA